UCGUUUUGCGACAGCGCUGGCUGUUUGACGGCAAAUAGUGCUACAUGCGGUUGGUAAAGCGCGUUUUGCUCUUUAGAUAUGAAAUUAAAACGCUCGACGUUGGAAAUGCACAGCAGGAGUGUUCUGUAGGGACUUCAGGGAGUCAUUAUGUUGUUUUGGGGUCAUUUAAGAUGUCGAAUUGUGAUUUCAUUCAGCGUCGGCUGUCAUUGGACGGCAGUAUAAAGAUUGUAUGUGUUCAAGUUGCAAACGCCGUACACAUCUGCAGCCUUAUUUUGUAUUUUACAGAUUAUUUGUAAAUCAUUUCUUGAAAUGUGGAUUUUGCAUCUACAGAGUUGCGAUUAUUUUAUUUGCAGACUUACCCAUGAACGGUGUUGGAUCUUGAUUUCCACCGUCUCACAUCAUGGAUGCUUCAGGGUUGGAUUUUCAAACCCUGUUCAGUCUGUUAAAUGCAGGAGCUUCUCCCAGUGUGAGCAGUGAAGACCUCGCCAGCAGGAUUUCGUCUCGUCUUAGUCCUCCAACAGCCGGGUCUGUCACAGAUACAGACGGGGUGUGCUUGUGUCUGACUCUUUGUGAAAGAAUCACUGCCAGACUGUCAGCCCAGAGUCUGCCACAAGAUGUCAGCGUAUACUAUGAAGCCGUUAUGGGAAGUCUGGGUGAAAUGAGUCUAAUGGAAAAGCUGAUCUCCCUCCUCGACUGUCAGGAGCAACUGGUGUCACAUUUAUCUGCCAAGUGUAUGUCGGCCUAUGUGAUCAGUGACGUUUGCAUGACUGGAAGCAUCAGCUCACUUUGGAGACACACGUGUGCUGAAGUGUUUCACCGAUCAGAUCCCGGUAAUGAACUGGAUUCAUGUCUGUGGUCUGUCACUGCUGUGAUAAAAGGACUGCUGAGAGGAAAGAACAGCGAUGUCUUGAGGAAGCUUCUCGCCGCAUUAGAUGCAUCUCUCUCUUGCUUACACACCAGCCUCCUCUCUCGAGACUCAAUGAAACCUCACCAAGCACAAAUGACGAAGCUUAACAGAACCAUGUGUGCUUUCUUUGACCUCCUCGAAGUCCUGAGCGCCGCUCGGAUGAGAUGCGGGGUCUGUUCCUCUGUUUUUGUGGAGUCUCGGGGGCUCCUCGAUGUCAUGAGGUGUGAUGCGGAGUAUUUUGUGAAGAAGCGAGCGUUACUUCUACUGAAGAGAAGUCUUGUGCGGCGAGCCGGAGAGGACUGGGCGUUGGGUGACGUGCGGUCUGCGUCACGUGAGGAUGACGGGCUGAAUGAAGACGUGCGGGUUGUGGCGGAUGUUGUGUUACGGGAAGUGAAGGCCGGUUGGCUUCAGGACGUCCCUGUGAAGGAUCAGCCCAGUUUCUUUGGUGGGAACUGUGACGCGGGAGUCGGUGGAGCGUGGAAAGACGGCGUGAUGCUCAGAGCUUUGAGCUUGAUUCUGCUGAAGUCGCUAGAAAUAAGCAUUCAGUCACCUGGCGAGAGAGGGAAGGUUGAUGUCCAGCUGUAUUUAUCAGAGCUGAUGUCGUUCUUGCGGCGUCACGGGACUCUGAUGUCGCCGGACGCCCACAGCUGCUCGUGGGUGACUUCUGUGUUUGCUGAACAGGAUGAUGAUAUGAUCGAAUCCUCCAAAGCUCUGAUUCUCCUGUACUUGCAGCACAAACAUCGGAGUUCCUCGGGUCCUGUUUGCCUUUGGGGCUGUAACCCCCACUGUCAUUUCAUCAGCUUUCUCCGCUCCAUCUCCUUCGACCGCACCGUCCUGCUCGACUUCCUCAUCUCCACGGAAACCUGUUUUCUGGAGUACUGCGUCCGCUACCUGAAGCUCCUCCGUGACGACUGGACGGGGUUUUGUACGUCUUGUAGUCACGUUGGAGAUGGGAACGCUCCCGCCUCGGAUACGUCCGAAACACCCGAAUCCGCUCAGACGGACGUAACUGCCUUCUCAAGACCUUCAACAGGAAGUGAUGUCACAGCUAGCCCAGUUCUACGAUUGGUCGAUUACGGCAGUUCGGAUGAAUCUGAGGAGGAAGAGAGCGGUUGUGACCAUCACACGAACAGAAACGUCAGGAAUAGCGAAGGAGAUUUGGGUAGGACAGAAGUGGAAAGCACAGAUGUGUCUGAAUGUCUGUUUGAUAAAGUUCUUGUGUGUCUUGAGGAGCUGAAGAUGGCAAUAACUCGACUGCACAACAGGGGUUUGUUUCCAUACAACCCUGCCUCGCUCUUAAAACUCUUAAACGAUGUAGAAGUCAAGAAGAGCCUGGUUGGUUAGCUUAGACUGGUUUACCCAAACACGAAAAGAUCUAAACGAUGCACAAACAUGUGACACGUUCGCUACCCCUUAAGUUAAUGUUGUUGUAUGAUUUUGCUAUUAAAAUGAGUCUGCAAGAAAUUCAUUUAUGUUCACUACAUACGUUACAUAACAAAUGAUCUUUUAAACGAUCUUAAAAGAUUUUUUGCUUUAGGGUUGAUUGCUAGGCUUCAUGUCUUCAAAAGCUAUCCAAAUGUUUCACAUUUUUAAGUGCAUUUCUGAAAACUUGACUAUGCAAAACAUUUGUUGCGGGAAGGAGCGAUGACACAUCACUGACCUCAGACGAUGCACCUCAGUCUAGCACGUCUACUUUUCUGCAAAUUUCCACUGUAUGCGCAUAUAACGUUUUACGAUGAAUAACACAAAUUUAUGUCGAAGUUAGAUGACAAUGUGGCGUUUGGAAUUCUGGUGGAUAUAUGACCAGUCCCUUCACUGCAAAAUUGAUUUUAUUUCUUACUAAGCAUUUUUCUUCUUUUCAUAUUUCUUAAAUCAAGAUACAUUCACUUGACAGGGAAACCUAAGAUAUGUAGUCUUGUUUUGUUAAAGAUAAAGAAAAAUGAAGUUUAUCUUUAAUACAAACAAAAAAAUCUGCCAGUGAUAUAACAAAAAUAAAUUUGAAGAAUUUAGUUUGACUUUUUUCGGUGCAUAACACCGUGUCUACACUGGACGCAGUGCGAUGCAACACGACAAAAGACAAUAAAACACAUUAGAACCCGUUAUCAUUUUUCAUUUUGUCCACACUGGAUGCGGUGUGACGAGUCAAUCCCAUCACAUGUCGGGUCGUGCCGGUCGCGUCCAGUGUAGACACGGUGUAAAUCAAGUUUAAGUUUUUUUUAAUUUUAAUCUUAAACUUACUUAAUUCCUAUUUUCUCUCACAAAACAAGACUAAACGUUUAAUGCUGGGUUCACACCAAACGCUCUUUAUUACUCGCUGGAAAAGUUCGUUAUUUUCGCGAUCUGACAAAUAUUUUCAACCUUCACAAGAGACGAGACGAGAUUGACGCGCGUUCGGGACAAUUGCAUCGCCCGAUUCGCGUCAUUCACACCGCCUGCCGCAAGUUUGCGUCUAUACGCGUCUUUGCGUUGAAUUUGUAUGUAAUUUACCCUUAAUUCGCGUUUGGUGUGAACCCCCUAUUAAAGGGAUAGUUCAUCCAAAAAUGAAAAAUCUGUCAUUUACUCACCCUCAGGUUGUUUCAAACCUGUAUACAUUUCUUUGUUCCAAUGAACACGGAGAAAGAUAUUUGGAAGAAUGUGAGCAAUUUUCAGUUCUGUGACAUCAUCCACUACCAUAGUAGGAAAAAAAUAUUGUAUUUUUUUGUUUUGUUGAACACAUGAUGAGAUAUUUUGAAGAAUUUCGUAAAACAAAGCGUUCUCGGGCACCUUUGACUACUAUUAAAUUCUUCCUACUAUGGUAGUCAACGAUGUCCCGCAACUGAAAAUGACUAACAUUCUUCCAAAUAU